ACGAACCAUAACUAGCAAUAGAAACUUUCCCAUCCGUUCCCCGUCCAUACUUCACGAUAACAACCGAAGCAGCAGCAGCAGCAGCAGAAUGAGUGCACCGGAGAACCACGCGGAUCCCGAACGAAUCGUAGAUACCGUCCCUGGUAUGCCAACAGCUGCGAAUCAGGACGAGUCGCAACAAACACAAUCACAACCGCAACAAGCACCAGAAGAUCCCGAAACGAAGACGCUCGCAUUCCUACGAACCUUGGGAUCAUCAGCUACGCCGUCUUCUUUUGCUCUGCACGCUCGCUUACAGGAUUUGGCCGCCGCUGCCACGACCGUCCGAGCGGAAUGUGCGCAUUCCACAGCGAUCACUACGCAGCGAUGCGCUACGGAUGGGGAUAACAGUAAAUCGCACUCGGACGUUGCUGCUCUCGCGUCGGCCUUUUUACAAGCCGUAGCACGGCAGUGGAACGACCUCUUUGACAGGGAUCCACCCGCGACUUCGACAACAACAGCUGCUGCACCAUCACGUCAAUCCGUCCUUGUGGCAGACCCUGCUGCCGACGAGUCUUUUCAAUUAUCCAGCAAUCGACAAAAAUCGUGGAUCAUCGAGACCGUCGGGAUCGUGUCGCUCCAUUGCACACCACGGUCGAAAGUGACCGAAUCAGGGAUUCUACUGGUCCUCGCGACGGUAUUGGAACGGCAGCGCCACUCCUCGACUCCCAACCACGAUCGUUCCGAAACUACCUUUCCGUACCUCUCUACCAUUGCCGUAGAAUUCCUACAGGUGUGUGUCGCGGCUGAACAGUACCGGUACGCCUCGCGUGUGCUAGGCACUGCCUGGCCCCGCCCUCGACCCGGCACUACCGUCACGCAGGUCUUACGGUAUUACUACUUGCGCGGAAUCGUACAUAUCGGUUCCAACGAACUCGAAUGGGCCGUCCGAUCGUUCCAAACCUGCGUCAGUGUACCGGCCGAAACUGUAUCGGCCAUUGCGAUUGCGGCGUGGAAGAGACUGGUACUCGUGCAGUGUAUUCGCCAGUUGGCUCAGCCGAUGCUCACCGGUGUGACACCCCAGGCCGUCAAAACCAUGCCCCCCUGUCUACACCGCUACCUCGCGGCAGCCGAACACGCCCCGUCCGCCCGUACGGAAGUUCCGGAAGGACCGCAACCACCCGCUGAAACAGAAACGGUCACGCAUUUGGUGGAAGCUCCCGAAGAAACUGGGCACCGACACGAUCAACCGAACAGUGAGGAAUCGGGGCCGUCUCCAGACGGUCACGGUAACGUGAAAGUGUACCUGGACCUCGUCGGAGCCUUUUCCAAAUCCGAUUCGAAAGCCUUCGUAACUCUCGUCACCAACCACGAGAACAUUCUUCAGGGAGACGGUACGGCCGGCUUGGUGCGACAAGUCCGAACCGCCCUCACGGAUCGGCUGGUGUACGAUUGCAGUCGGGUGUACGCCGUACUUCCCUUGACGGACUUGGCGAUACGUCUCGGCGUUUCGGUCGUUGCUGCCCAAACAGUCCUACUGCGGCUGUCCACCGAACAAUCCUGGCCAGUUCGAGUCGACGAGGAUGGUAUGGUGCGCUUCCCUCGGUGGUCCGACGUACGAAUGGAUGUUUCCGCGCACGACCGGAUCGAAUCACUCUUACAACUGACACGGGCGGUUCAGAAUCUCGAUUGGCAGGUGGCCUCCUCGCACAAGUACCAGACCCUGCUGCGGAAAGAAAAGUCGAAAUCCGGCAGUAAGACCAAUGCUGCGAGAAGCCUGGCCGGACCACGCGGUGUCGAAGACGUAUGA